UACAGUGAACCAUUUAAUUUAGAGGCCUAAGUGUUACUGUGUUGUGUAAAUAUAGUGGUGUGUAAAUGUUAGAGAUGGCUGACGGUCGAGGAUCGCGCACGCCACUGCUUGAGUGCGGCGAGUAUGCGCACGCGCAUAAGUCGCCGACGCCUCGCUGCUGCCUGUGGCUUGCCAGCCACGUCAACGUGAGGAAGUGCGUAGCUGGUGUUAUGCUCCUGUCCGUCCUCACCAUAUUCUUCUAUACGUAUUAUGUGACAAUGCCGCUUACAAGUUUGGUAUGGCGCGACCGGGUGCCGCGGCCGCUGUCGCAGUGCUCGCUGCUCGCGUCGCAGCAGCAGACCGCGCGAGACCAUCGCUCGGACGCGCGACUCCGCAUCGACUCCAAGGUGCUAGUCAUCGCGGAGUCGCUCUACUCGCGGCUCGGGCGGGACAUCGCCGAGCUGCUUGUCGCCAACCGUAUACGGUACAAGGUAGAGGUCGCUGGCAAAAGCUUGCCAGUACUCACCACCUUGGACAAGGGGCGAUACGGUGUGAUCGUCUUCGAAUCCCUGUCGAAAUACGCCAACAUGGACAAGUGGAAUCGAGAACUGCUCGACAAAUACUGUCGAGAAUAUUCAGUAGGGGUCGUUGGCUUCGCAACGCCAGGCGAGGAGAGCCUUGUUGGUGCUCAACUGAAAGGAUUCCCACUCUUCAUGCAUACCAAUCUGCGGCUUAAGGACGCAGCAUUGAACCCUGCUUCACCGGUUUUGCGGCUGGCUCGAGCUGGCGAAACCGCCUGGGGCCCACUACCCGGCGAGCACUGGACUGUCUUCAGGGCCAACUCUUCUACAUAUGAGCCAGUCGCUUGGGCGUUGAGGCAGACUGAUUAUGGAGUCAAUGAGGAAAGGCUGCCGUUAGCGACCGUUGUACAAGACCAUGGUCGUUUGGACGGCGUCCAACGAGUGCUGUUUGGCUCCGGGCUUCAGUUCUGGCUGCAUCGACUGCUGUUUCUGGACGCGUUAAGCUACCUCAGCCACGGCCAGCUGAGCCUGAGCCUCGACCGAUGGAUACUAGUCGAUAUUGAUGACAUCUUUGUUGGCGAACGAGGUACUCGCCUUCACGAAGAAGAUGUAUCAGCCUUGAUGGCGUCACAAGCUGCUCUUCAGCGAUUAGUACCAGGGUUCCGGUUCAAUCUUGGGUUCAGUGCGAAGUACUACCACCACGGAACCUCGUUAGAAAACAGGGGAGACGACGCGCUGUUGAAGAAUCGGGUACACUUUAACUGGUUCUGCCACAUGUGGAACCACCAGCAGCCGCAUCUAUACAGCAACGUGUCCCAGCUCGAAGCUGAAAUGAUGUUGAACAAACAGUUCGCCCUUGAACACGGCAUUCCAACUAACUCGUGCUAUUCGGUAUCGCCGCAUCAUUCCGGCGUAUAUCCUGUACAUGAACCGCUCUAUGAGGCCUGGAGGAAAGUUUGGGAUGUCAAAGUGACCAGCACUGAGGAAUAUCCACAUUUACGGCCAGCGAGGUUACGUCGUGGAUUCCGCCACAGAGGUGUCAUGGUGUUGCCGCGUCAAACGUGCGGGCUUUUCACACACACGUUGCUUUUGGAGCGGUACCCGGGUGGACGACAGCGUCUCGACCGAUCCAUCCAGGGUGGAGAGUUGUUCCAGACCCUUAUAAAUAACCCGAUCAACGUUUUUAUGACGCACAUGUCCAACUACGGCAACGACCGCCUGGCGCUGUACACAUUCGAGUCUGUCGUGAAGUUCCUGAGAUGCUGGACCAAUGUGCGACUCGCGUCCGCGCCUCCGCUCGCACUCGCAGAGAAGUACUUCCAACUACGGCCUGACGAGCUUAACCCUCUUUGGGGCAAUCCAUGCGACGACAUCCGUCACAAAAAAAUCUGGGCGAAGAGCAAAUCGUGCGACACAUUGGACGCGCUGCCAAAGGUCCUCGUGAUAGGACCGCAGAAAACCGGCAGCACAGCACUUUACACCUUCCUGGCGAUGCAUCCCAAUUUGGUGCCGAACCUACCGAGCGCGGCAACAUACGAAGAAUUGCAGUUUUUCAAUAAUAACAACUAUUUGAAAGGAUUGGACUGGUAUCUGAGUUUCUUCCCACCCAAGCACAGCAACAGUUCGCAAUUGACGUUCGAAAAGUCGGCUACGUACUUCGAUGGCGAUUUGGUACCACGGCGUGCGCACGCGCUGCUACCAAAUGCGAAGAUAAUUGCGAUUCUCAUCUCUCCCUCAAAAAGAGCUUACUCGUGGUACCAGCACAUACGUUCGCAUGGCGACCCCAUCGCAAACAAUUACACCUUCCACACUGUCAUCACGGCCAACGACUCGUCGCCGAAACCUCUUCGGGACCUGAGGAACCGCUGCCUCAACCCGGGUAAAUACAGUCACUAUCUAGAGCGAUGGCUGGGCGAAUACAGCGCUCACCAGUUGCACGUGUUAGACGGUUCGCUACUACGCGCCGAACCAGCCACUGCUAUGAACGCACUGCAGAAGUUCCUCAAGAUACCGCAUCUCGAUUACCAGAAGCUUCUCAAAUAUGACCCUAAAAAAGGUUUCUUCUGCCAAGCGGUCAGCAAUGAGAAAACAAAAUGUCUCGGCAAGUCCAAAGGGCGGAUAUACCCGCCAAUGGAGGACCGAUCGGUCAAGUUCUUAAGGCGUUAUUACACGCCACACAACACGGCCCUUUCCAAGUUACUCGUGAGGCUUGGACGGCCCGUACCCCAGUGGCUUAAAGACGAACUCUCGAAUGGAUAGCAGUUCUCACAACCUAAAAGGUUGGAACUGAACAUAAAAGUGCAUGGACUGAUCAGAGUCUGUGUUGUGGCGAUACCCUGACCGGAAGUCAGGCCCGACAGGUCCGAGUUAUGAACUAUGGGCAUAGCAAUACGUAAAAUGUUGUUUUUAAUGUGUUUUCAAUGUGAGAGUAUCAUUGUUGAGAGAUAUCUUUGUCUAUGGAGUCUUGUAAAG